UAUACCUUGAGUUUUCUCUCUUGGGAGUGUAAGGAAAUGCAUAAAUGUCUUCAUUUCCUUCACCUCUGUGGAACUACUCUCAGCCUCAAAGUUUUACUUGUUUUCUUCUACAUAAAUACUUCCCACUAUUCCUGUAAAUAGAGAGACAGAAGACAGUUUGGUGAGUUGAAAACUGCAGUCCCUUAGGCAAGAGAAAACCCUCCCUGGCUCUGUGAUUCUGUCAGAUGACAGAGCCUCACAUUUACUCAGUGUUUCAGUAGGGUCUGUGCCUGGGAGGACACAACUCUGGGAGGAAGGAGUCCACCUGACACCCGUGAUUCCAUAAUAAGGAGACAGAUCCUGGCAGAAAACGACUGAUUCCAAGUGCAGACUGACUACUGUGACCAGUGAUACGGGAGGGAAUUCCAGAGGAAAGAGGAGCUCUGUGGGUACAAGAACUGAGGUCAGCAUAGAUUUUUGCCUGAAGCAGCAGCGCUUGGAUGGGAUGUUUCCUUUUGACAACCCCUUUGUAGUUUUAGUGACUAGUGGUUUAUUUUUCUCCCCUUCUUCAGAUUUGUUCCCUGUGACCCUGAGGAAAUAUGCUUCAGGAGGCAGUGAGUCAGCUCCAAGAGACUGGUAGCUGGAAUUAUGGAGACAUUUGGGGGCUUUCUCAGUCACACUCUUCAUGCCACAGGGCAUGAUGGGGCCAUUGUUUUAAGGAGGGUUUCAUGAACACUCUGUUGUGAAUUUAUUCUACUAAGCUCAGCACCUGUAGGAGUUUAGUCUGCAUCAGACCUGGAGAUGUAACUUAGAUAUGCAUUCCUUAGAACAUUAAUGUUCCUUAAAUGUUUCUUAGAACAUCCCCUUCCUUUCCUUAAAGGUUUUUUGAAUGACUGUAAGUUGCCUGGGGGUUUGGCGGGUAAGAACCGAGCCUCUUCAAAACUGGUCUAAGGAUGCUCAAGUUGUGCUUGGCCCUCCACAGCUGCACUCCCUGGCAUCACUGUUACUGAUUCCCUUUCCAAAAGUACUUUAUGAAAUCAAUCACACAAUGGAGUUGUUAGGGGGCAGUUGUUUGUCCUCGGUUCUUGUCCCUGCUGCAACAAAGAAUUGAUGGGCAGAGACACAGUAGUGAAGCGGAGUAAAAGUUUUAUUUGAAGUUUUGCACUUAAAGACAGAGACAGUGGGGGCAACUGUAGAGGGGAGGUGCACUGAAAGAUUGGGCGUUCUCCCUUUUAAGGAUUUUUCAGGAAUGUGACAAAGGGCUAGAGGUUGUAGACUUGUUAAGUGGUCUCAAGAUGUUUAUCUUUGAUGAGAGACAUUACAUCUGGUCUCUUCUAUUAUCAGUCCUCUAGGUAAUUCAGCAAAAUUAACACAGGAAAUUUACUCAUCCAGUUCCCCUCCAGAAUAGCGGCUUCCCUCUGGGAACAUGUCAGUCAAGACCACCUGCCCUGCCCCCAAGGGCACCCCCAUGACUGCCUGCAAUGUCUCCCAGGGCCAUCCUUCCUUCUUCAUUCUCCAAGGCAUUCCUGGGAUGGAGGACAAGCACAGAUGGAUCUCCAUUCCCUUCUCCUCCAUGUACUUCCUCACCAUCCUGGGGAACUGCACCAUCCUGCUCACCAUCUGCAUGGAGCGGUCCCUGCAUAAGCCCAUGUUCCUGCUCCUCUGCAUGUUGGCCCUCACGGACCUGGGCAUGUCCACAACCACCAUCCCCAAGGUGCUGUGCCUCUUCUGGUUUGGCCAGAGUGAGAUCAGCUAUGAGGGCUGCCUGGUGCAGCUCUUCUUCAUCCACUCCAUCUCUGCCUUGCAGUCUGCCGUUCUAAUGUCCAUGGCCUUUGACCGCUAUGUGGCCAUCUGCGAACCCCUGCAUUAUGCCAUCAUCCUUUCCAAUAGUCGCAUUGGGCUCAUUGGUCUAGUGAGCUUAGUGAGAGCCAUCCUGUUCAUCCUUCCCAUGCCCAUUCUCCUCCAGAAGAUGCCCUUUCGUGCCAAACCUGUUAUCCCCACCACCUACUGUGAGCACAUGGCAGUGGUAAAAAUGGUGUGUGUGGACACCACAGUUAACAGGAUGUAUGGUUUGGUGGUGGCCUUGUUGGUUGUUGGGCUAGACAUCUCAGCUAUUGCCUCAUCGUAUGUGUUGAUCAUCCGGGCUGUAAUGCGGCUCAGUUCUAAGGAAGCUCACCACAAAGCCGUCAACACCUGCACCGCACACAUCUGUGUCAUGCUCAUCUCCUACACCCCCUCGCUGUUCUCUUUUCUCACCCAUCGCUUUGGCCAGGGGAUUCCACCCCAUGUCCACACCAUUCUUGGUAAUCUAUAUUUCCUUGUACCUCCAAUGCUCAAUCCUAUUAUUUAUGCAGUGAAAACCAAGGAGUUUCGGGAAAAAUUGAACAAAUAUGGGUGCUGGAAAAAGGAGGCCAUAACCAUUGCCCAUGGUCACAAACCUGUCUGAUCAUCCAAAUGGUAGUCUGGAAAAUUAAAUGUGAUCACGUAUGUAACAACACUUUGAACAACAUACAUGGAACACAUGUAAAAUGAAGUAGAAUUUUUUUACAUGGAAGGAACAUAGAGCAAACAGUAACUUGCCCAACAGACUGCCAAAGCAAGGCCGAGGUGUGUGAAUGUGGGCAUGUAUUUGCAGCUGCAUGUUUAAAGGGAAGUGGGAAGAGGAGAUCAUUUGGGAGAAGUGAGAAAGGGCAGGGAAAAUACAAAAUUGUGUUAGUCAGUAGUUAAUAUCCCUGCUGCGGAAGCCUUACAGUUGGGCCACAGGACUUGCUGCUUCCUUGUACCAGGAGGGAAUAUGGACUUGCGACAACUCACAAUUUUCCUUCUUGUGUCUACCAAUUCCCAUGUCUGACAGAAUCUCCUGCAAAGAAACAAUUGUGAGAAUGAUCUGUUAAUGAUUUUAGUUAUAAAAGUCAGUUUUACUGGAAACCUUUAUUGAUAAAUCUCUGUAAGUCACUUUCUCUGGGAGCCCAGGAAGUCUUGAAAGGUGGUGGGGCAACUUUGGAGUUCAGACCUGUGCUCAGAUAGGGGAAUUCAUUAUGUUCAGAGGAAUAUUGUUAAUCACUUUUAGACAGUGACUUGGGAUAUAAUGGCAAAUAUCUUAAGAUGCAUGAAGUUUGAAUACAGAAAGAUUCCCUGUUUUUUCCUUAUACUGUAGAACUAUUAUAUGAAGGCAUAGCUCAGAGAGAAAGAUACCCACCCUGAAAGCUUCAUGGCCACUGUUUAAAGGAGAUUCUUGCAAUACUUAAAUUACAGGGAAAUAAAUGAGCAUUUUUCAGAGUGUGGACCAGCUGUCACAAAUGAUAAUAAAGGCUCCCAGUGAACUAAACAAUUCAAUGAAAAAGGCUGAGAAAGGCGGGGUGUCAGAGAUUGAAAUAAAUGGCUCAAAUUUGAGGAAAAAACAAAAUUGAGGAUUACAGAGGAAGUGCCUUUCCGAUAAACGGAGGACACUUGCAGGAGCAGUAACAGCGGAGGAACCGAGCGCUGCCCAUCUGCCAUUAACGCGAACAAAUAGCCCUCCACAAACAUUUAGACCAAAUACAGAAAAACCUUUAGCAAAAUAUUUUGUGAUGAAUAAUUUAAUUGACAAACAAGUAGCGGAUUGUGAAAGGGCUUGAAGCACUCAUUCGCCUGAGAACCUGUGAUAGCAGGACUUAAUUUUGGCUGAGAUUGGAGAGUGAGUGUGUUUUGUUGUGUUUUCUCAUCUGAUUUGCAUGGGAUUCAGGUACAGGGGCAGAGUCCACAUGCUAUAAAGCAUUAUCCAACUCUCAAUUUAUUUUAUAUAUUUUCCUCCUGUUUUUGGUGAUUUAUUCUGUUAACAUGGGAAGUCUAUUUUUACUGAAAUUAUGGGCAGAAGGUUCGUUAACACCAGACCGUAGUGUGCACUGGGGAAAUUGUUUCAGGGUAACUGGUACAGCAGCUGAUUUUGGGGAAACUGAGGAACCUGAGAAAAUCAGAUAACCACAAGAAGGAAGCUUGACUGUCUUUCUUUUCACCCUUGGGCUUUUUAAUAAAAAUGUUAUUAAUCUACGGUUGUUCUUACUUCAGAAUGAGCUCCAUUUCUCUCUUGUAGGCUUGCUGAAAAUGAAAUAGAUGACCCUAAUAUUAACUGACUAUUUCUUCUCAUGGACACAGUAUUGUUCCUUACCAUGUAAAAAUUAGAAAAUGUUCCUAUGUUUGAUAUUUUGGUCAAGUUAAAUCACUUUCUGCACAUCUGUUAGGUAUUUGGAGGUUGAAUUCAUCCAGGGUCAACUUCACAUUCACUAUCUCUGCUACAUUUGGAGAACUUCUGCCUUGAAAAGGUUAUAAACCACUUAAAUAAAUUAUUAUUAAUUACACAAAUAAUUAUAUAACAGUAGUUGUAGAAAUAUAUAACUUCUUAUACAUUACCAGGGAGUUAACACUUCUGACUAGAGUCUCUUAUUGGGGCAGAAGAUUUUUCAGCAUAGAAGAGUCUAAACCAGGGUUUCCCAGGAAACGAGGCCUCAGACAAAUGCUUGCAUUUUGGCAGUUGAUUUAGACAUUCCAAAUUAACUUCCCCAGGGCAGGAAAGGAUUUUGGCCAAUGGCUCAUGUGGGGCUCAUGGACUGCCCUUGCAGGCAUUAACACCCCCAUACUUCCAGGUGGUGACUGCGUGAAGACAUAGCUGUUUGUUGCGGGCCCCCUGCCGUGGAGGUAGGGAAGCCCCAUAGCAUGAAGUUCCAGGGACCAGGUGUGACCUGAGGUGGACUGUCUGAGCACACCUGCAGGGAAUUGAUCCCAGCAGCAGUGGCUAAGUAAGAGGGGUGACCACAGGGAUUUUGAAGUGACAUGCAAGGAUGGUUUAGUGAACUGAAGCCCCACUGUAGUUUGUGAACUUUCUUUAUGAUGAGUAGGGAGCUCACACCUUAAGCCCAUCCAACAGAUUUAUUAUUUUAAUUUUCCAACUUUUAGUAACAAAAUCACCUAUCUUUAUUAAGAUAAUUCGAUUUCCACAAUUACAACUAACUCAGGUAACCUUAGAAGAUUCCUUUUACACACAUUUAAAAGGGCUCCUAGAAAGAAAAGAGCUUCUAUAGAUGUGCAUAGUUAUUACUUCCCUCUGACUCCUAUUUUUUACACAGCUCUAAAUGAGAAUGCUUUUUGUUUUUGCUAUUUUUUGUUCUUGUUAAAAUAAUGCAUGUACUUGGUAAAGCAAUCAAAUGUGGGAGGUUACACAAUGGAAUGUAAAAGUCGUCCCUCUUCUACAUGGUCAGCAUCCUGAGACAUAAACCCUUUAGACAGUUUUAUGUGUACCAUGAUAAUUACCUAAUACAGUUAAAAUAUAAAUGCAUAUAUACAACCACACUUCCCCUUUUCUCAUGUAUAUGGCUAUACCACCCAUAUUCUCAGACAUUUAAUUAACUUUGAUCUUUUACAUGCACCAGAGUUGUAAUUUUCUUUUGCUCUUGGUCCUUUUCCUGCCACUUAACAUUGCUGGAGGACAUUUUUCUUUUUUUUUCUUAGCUCAUCCAGUCCUGGACUUCGCUACUUUGAUUCUUUGGUGAGUGACACUUGCCUAUCCAUAAUGUGUUCUGCUCCACUACACGGGAGGCAAAGCAGACCCGUGUGAAGUGAGACCUAAAGACAAAUGAAGCCACUAUGUCCCUCCUUUGAUCAUGAUGUCCUUCUGGCCCUGAGAAAGAAAGACACUGUCUUCACUCCCACAGUACGGCUCCUUUUCCUAAAGUGCUUUGUGCAUUUCUCUUCCAUUGUGAACUCUGCCCCACUGUGAGCUCAUGUUCCAUUUUGAUAGAUAUAAGAGCCCCACUCUACACCCUCUGCUGAGUCUUCCAUGUGUGCAGAGAGCUGACAUCUUCAUGAGAACCAUGCUGAUCUUCUCUUCUUCAUGUCCUGGAGUGUCAGAUGUAGCUUUCUGGGUUUACUUUAGUGUAUUUUUAAGUAAUAGUUUAUUUUUGCGUAUGUGAUGUAAAAUUAAUAUUAUGCGAUUGAAUAUGCCUAUCCCAAACCUACCUACCAUCAGUUUAAAAUGGGUUUUUAGGCGAGUUUUUCUGCCUCUCCUGAAAUACUUGGAAGUCUCUUCCUUAAACUGUAGACACUGUGGCUGUUUUCAUAGACAUAUAUGCCUGAGACUACGCUAGCAUACUCACAAGUUCUUAGCUGACAUUAGAAAAAAACAAAAACUAUUUAUCUACCUAAUCUGUUGUAUUUUAAUGCAUUUAAAAUGCUACAUUUUACCUUUAUAUUUUAAAAAUAUCAUGUUCUUGGGUCUUGGAGUCUUACAUGCUGCCACCAAGUAUAUUAAAAUGUGUCAAUACUGCAAUGACGUCUGCAGACAGACCUAUAUGUUUACAUCAAGUCUCAGAGGCUGAUACUUUGACUAUGUGCAGUCAACUAAGGGCCUGUUGUUCAGGUGGUCAGUACUUCAGCUAUUGACACACCUUGCUUUACUUUUCUUUCUUUGUUUAAAAUGAUAAAGUUCAGUGCAAAAAGAUGUCCUGUUAUUCUUCUGGGGAUUAUCAGGCAGUUCUUAGAUUUUAUAUAUUACAGUUCAAUGGAAGAAAUUACAAAUCUGAUUCUUCGUCAAAUAGGAGCAGGACAGAGGACAAAAAUUGAGUUAACAUUAUUAAAUGAAUGUAUUAAUAUUGUUAAGUGACUAUUAACUUUAAAUAUGAAUUCAAAUAGUUAAUAAUACAGAAUGGAAGUAUAGUCAACAGGUCAUGCAAAACACUAUUGAUUGAAAUGGAAGAAAACUCUACCAAAGUUAGUAGAUUUUGAUAUGAACUGUGGGCUGUUGAGAUGAGUCAUUAUAGACAGCUAUCUCAGAGGUCGUCUGACUUUAGGGAAGUUCCUCAUUGGAUUACUGAGCUAGGUAUCUAAAAUUUGAUGAGAGAAUUUAAACAAUGAUCGAAACAGGUGAAAAACAAAAACAAUUUCAAUUUGUAUCAAGUAUCCUCCAAUCCCAUUUUAUUGAAAUGUUCUGUCAUAUGCUUAAAUAUGAUAUUAAUGGCAAAACAAAUUAAUUCUUUAUACAAAUGUUCUAAAAGUGCAUUUUUUAAUUAACAUAAAAUCAUGACACUCUUGCCUAUUCUAAUGUAACCAGACCUCGAUGUUUAGAUAGCCUGGAAUCCUGAAAACUAGAACUGUGGUAUGCCAUCUACAGGGGGUACUUGGGGAGUCCUAUAAAUUUGGUGUUGGGAUAUUCUAAUUUUUUGUUAAGUUCUAAGUGAACCUAAGAAAAAUGCAUCUUUCAUAUAAGACAGCUAUCUUUAUUUGUCAUCUGUAGAAAAAGAUAUGUAGAGAAAAUUAAAGAAGAAAUAAAUUGAGCAAAAUUGAUUCAUAAUUUACAGUUUAUACAAAUGAGGACACUUUAUACAUUGUUCAAUUUGUUAAUUUAUUGUAUGGUAUCUCUUAGCAACUCUCUAAU